GGUGGACUAGGAAAGACAACACUUGCUAAAGAUGUCUUCAACGAUGCUGCAACUGAACAAUUUCGCCCAAAGGGAUGGGUGUCUGUGUCCGAUGACUUCGACCUUCUAAGGGUGACAACUGCAGUUCUUGAAUCUGUCACCUCAGGUUCUGUGAAGGAAUCUAAAGAGCUCAAUUCGGUUUUGGUAAAGUUGAGUGAGGAAUUGGCUGGCAAGAAGUUUUUGAUUGUUCUAGAUGAUGUCUGGAAUACAUGCAACUACGAUCAAUGGACAAAAUUGCAGUCGGCUUUUCGUGUUGGAGCAGUAGGAAGCAAGAUCAUUGUGACGACGCGUGAUGCGAAUGUUGCAAAGAUGAUGGGAGACAAUAAACCUCAUAACUUGGAGUCGAUGUCAGGAGAUGAUUGUUGGAAGAUCUUUGAGCAUCAUGCAUUGUUAAACAACAAACCUCAAGAUGUUGAGUUGUUCAAGGAGAAAAUUGUAGAAAAAUGCAAUGGGUUGCCGUUAGCUGCAAAGACUCUUGGUGGUCUUUUACGUUGUAAAGAAAAAGAUGAAUGGGAAAAAGUACUAGAGCACAAGAUGUGGAAAAUAUCAGACCAGAUGGGCAUCCUUCCAGCAUUAAAACUGAGCUAUCAUUAUCUCCCUUCGACUUUGAAACGGUGUUUCUCCUACUGUGCAAUACUUCCGAAUGAUUAUGAAUUUGAGGAGAUGCAAUUGGUCUUUUAUUGGAUGGCUGAGGGCUUGAUUCAGCAGCAACCAGAAGAAAACAAACAAAUGGAAGAUUUGGGACGUGACAAUUUUCAAGAGUUGGUGUCCAGGUCAUUAUUUCAAAAAUCAAGCAAAACAGAGUCGAAAUACAUAAUGCAUGACCUGGUUACUGAUUUGGCACGUUGGGCUGCAGGAAGCUCAUGUUCUAGAUUGGAGGAUAUGCAGAAUUAUGACUCGCAACAUAGAUGUUUGCCCAAGGUUCGUCAUUCAUCUUACAUUCCUGGUUGGUGUGACGGGGUUAAGAAGUUUGAGGUCUAUUCUGAAGCUACAU